CCUCCCUGCUAGGACUCAAGUGCAUUAUGAGAAUUUUUUUCUCUUGGACUCGGCCACAAUACCUGAAGAGGUGGCUGACAUUUUCAACGCCCCCAGUGAUGAGGAGGAUUUUUUUGGGUUUGGAGAUGAUGUUCCCAUGGAAACUCUAUACCUGGAAGAGAGCUUUGACUCCCCAGAGCCAGGAAAAAAGGACGUUCGUUUCCAUUCCAAAUACAUCACAGAUGAGCUGAGAAGGAUUUUCACUGAAGACACUGACUCGGAGACAGAAGAUUUUGAAGGGUUUUCCCAGAGUGAGCUCAACAGUCACCCAGAGCUAAUGCUCACAGAGUCAGAAAUGAGUGAUGAAGAUGCUGGAGACAGGCUUGUAGGUAGUGAAGAGGAGGAGGAGGACGAAGAGGAAGCUGAAACGAAGACAGCCUCCAAAAGAAACAGCUUUGGUCUUCGGGUUGCCUUCCAGUUCCCCACAAAGAAUAAAGGAAAUAUAAAAACCAGGUUUUCCGAGCCAUCCUUUUCUAGCUUACGUUUUGACGAGAGUGAAAAGCCAAAGGCCUUGAGAAGAAAGAAAAAUGGUAGACCAGGGAAGAAAGCCAUGGAAGGGUCUACCUCUGAGUCUGAGGAUGACUCGAGGGAUGUGGGCCAAGCUGACUCGGAUGCUCUGCUCAAAAGGGCCAUGAACAUUAAGGAGAACAAAGCCGUGCUUGCUCAGCUGCUGGCAGAAUUACAUUCUCUCCCAGAGCUAUUCCCAGUGCAGACACCGAGCCCAGCUUAUAGAAAGAAGCCAGUGAGGCGAGCUUUUUCAGAGGGACAGAUACCUCGCCGCACCAACCCCACCCGCAGCGCCCGGCCUCCAGAGAAAUUUGCUGUGGAAAACUUUGCAGUGUCCACAAACUUUGAAGAAGACCUGUGUGCUUUCAGGAGACGGAAAAAAAUGAGUGGGGGUAAAGGCCGUGUGUACAGAAAACGGCGUCUGUCUUCUUUCCGGCAAGUGGAUGAAAUCACUGAAGAUGACUUAGAAAAUAUUGCCGUAACUGUUAGAGAUAAAAUCUAUGAUAAAGUUCUGGGUAAUACGUGCCAUCAAUGCCGACAGAAGACUAUUGACACUAAGACAGUGUGUCGGAACCUGGACUGUGGGGGAGUGAGAGGGCAGUUCUGUGGCCCGUGCCUUCGUAAUCGUUAUGGGGAAGACGUAAGAUCGGCUCUCUUGGACCCGGACUGGGUGUGCCCUCCCUGCCGUGGGAUUUGCAAUUGCAGUUACUGUCGGAGGCGCGACGGCCGCUGUGCUACUGGGAUCCUCAUCCACCUGGCAAAAUUUUAUGGCUACAACAAUGUGAAAGAAUACUUAGAAAGCAUACAGAAGCAGCUGGUUGAAGACCAUUAAGAUGCAGGAGAAAGCAGCUGGCAAGACCCCCCCUUUCCCUGAUUGGUGCUCCCAAUGUGACCCAUUGUUGGGACGGUUUUGUUUGUACAGGAAGCGCUGUGGGGGGAACGCAGCAGUUUCAUGUCUUCCUGUGUGCGAUUUGUGACGGUUUAUUCCAUGUUCGUAAAAAAGUUUCUCAGGAAAGCAGUCGUCUUAGUGAAGGGGUCUGUGUAUUGUAGACACCCUACAAUAGGCACCCUACCUAGUACAUUGAAGUCUUUAAAAACAAAAGCUUCUAAUUGAAAAGCACAGUGAGAAUAAUGUAGUUAUCUUUCAGGUUAAGUUUACAAGGAGAAAGCUUGAUGAGCUGCACCCGUUCUGGGAAGGAAAUGCUCAGGUAUCCAUCGUGCCCCAAAUAAACCCCCGAUCAGAAUGACUGCCUGAGGCCCCAGGUUAGCCAAGCAUGUUUCCCCACAGACUCGGAGCAUGGGAGUGUAACAGAGCUCCCAGCCUUAGUCUAAGAUGCAUUCGAGAUGUAGAAUCUGGGCUUUUUUUUUUCUUUACCCUUUAUUACAAAGUGCAAUUACUUGUAAGAACUUGAAAGUAAAGAGUUUUAUUUUCAUCGAAGAUUGAGUCCUAGUUUGCUUGUAGAAAAACAUGCCUGGCCAUUCCCCUAUUUCUUUAGGAAGGGAGCCAUAUUUAGGGCUUCCCCCCCCUUCCCCAA